AGCCAAUGACUUUUUAGGUAUUCGCAUGAUUUCUUGAAGCGUUUUCUUGGAAGCAUGGCCUCGCGGAAGACGCGAAUAUUCGGCGACCAAAGCAUGCUGGAAGCAGUCCAGAACCAAGUAAAUCAGAUCAAGCGUGUGAAUGACUCCGUCACGUCUCCAGCUGUAGCUAGAGACCUAAAUGUCCUGCUGUCCGUACUCGGCAAUCCCGUCUUGCAGAAGCUGGUAUGCUUGCAGGAUUCUUUGAAAGAAUUGUGCGAGGAUGUGAACGCGAAUCAAGGUGUAUGUCCUGCUGAUCUGGACAUCGAUAGUCAUGGUGAGCUCGUGUGGUCUUCUAGAGCUCAAAAGCGGGUCGCAGAGAAUGCUGCCAAGGCAAGUGCGAAAAGAGAAGUCGCUAAUGGCAACAACGAAAAAUUGAUCUCUGGCCGAAGUUCCGAAGUAAAAGAACAACCGCAUUUUGAUUCCCCCGGAAAACAGAAGGUGGAGGUUGUCGAGAAAGAGAAUAAGAAAGCUUACACAAAAGAAGUGGAAAGCAAUGCCCAAGCCAACGAUGGAAAUCUUCCUUUGGAAUUAGAUCCCUCCGCUCAGCAAUUGAUAGACAAGUGCGCUGCUGGGCGUCAAGUUCUGACUGUCCAGUUACAAAAGCGAGAAUCUGGUUCAGGUUCUGGACUUGGGUUCAGCGUGGUGGGACUGAAAUCCGAACUUUCAGAUUUGGGAAUCUUCAUACAAGGAAUUCAACCUGACGGGGCCGCUGCUGCGGAUGGACGUUUGCAAGAAGGCGAUCAAAUUCUGGCUAUUGAUGGUCACCCGUUGGACCCGUGGAUCCCUCACCAAGAUGCUGUUCGUAUCAUUCAGCGCACCAGAGGUUUAGUCACAUUUGUUGUUGCCCGUGGAUUGCCUUCUUCAACUUCGACGGGAGCCCUUCCGAAACCCAUACCCGAAGAUCAGUUGGAGAGCCCUCAGAAACCGUCAACUGCUGUUUCUGCUUCAGCUCCUGAUGUUCCUUUGACUGGUUUGACUGAUGGUGGUGCGAGUGGCAACAUGGUAUUGAACACAGAAUGGGCGCAAGUGGAGGCCGUCGAACUGAUCAACGAUGGAUCUGGUCUCGGAUUCGGCAUCAUCGGCGGGAGGUCGACUGGGGUAGUGGUCAAAACCAUCGUAGCUGCCGGUGUGGCUGAUCGAGAUGGGCGACUACAAAGCGGCGACCAUAUUUUGCAAAUAAAUGAUGUUAAUUUGCGAGGCAUGUCAUCUGAUCAGGUCGCAGUGGUUUUGCGGCAGGCCGGAUCUCAUGUUCGUCUUGUGGUUGCACGGCCCGUGGAUCCCGGUGCAUUGAGCAACGGAGACGACAAUGAUAACAUUCUAUCGAUUCAGAGGAGUAUGCGUGCUCCGCUGAUCGCAACAAAAUUGCUCUAUGACCCGGAUGAGAUUGACAAGAUCUUAUCAAGCGUUGCGGAGGAUGUUCUGAAUGAAGAAGACUUGACAGAGGAUCUCGUCAAUGGAAUCCCGGAUAUAAGCCCACCACCUCCGCCGUUACUUAUUGAAUCGAUCGACGAAGAGCAGGUCAUUCUCAAUCCGAUGAUCCCUGAAGUAGAAUCCCUGGACGCCGUUCUUAAAAAGGAUGCCAAUGGUUUAGGAAUCACAAUAGCGGGAUACGUAUGUGAACGCGAGGAACUGUCCGGAAUCUUCAUCAAGAGCAUAACACCAGGCUCAGCUGCAUUCAGCUCGGGUCUAGUUCAAGUGAACGAUCAAAUCAUCGAAGUAGAUGGAACAGAGCUCGCGGGUUACACGAACCACCAAGCUGUGCACGUUCUACGAACAACGGGACAAGUUGUGCGUCUACGUCUAGCUCGUUACAAUCAUGGUCCCAAAUUCGACCAGCUUCAGCACGCGAUUGCAUCCAGUAUCAACGACGUUGGAAGCGGAGACGUGCCGAAUUUCCUACACGGCUCUCGACCGGAUUUGGUGCCCGAAACGGCCCCUAUUGUCGAGCAAAGGCUCAUGGCUAUGAACGAAUGCAAUAACAAUCGUGUGGAUACUGCGACCAAGGAGCGUUGGAAUCAAGUGCUUGGAACGGGGUUCGAAGUAGUUCUUGUGCAUGUGAAGAAGUUCGCGUCUGGCGGUGGACUUGGCAUCAGUUUGGAAGGAACCGUGGAUGUCGAGGGCGGCAAAGAAGUGCGACCGCGACACUUCAUCAGGUCAAUUCUUGCGGAUGGUCCAAUUGGUGCGUCGAAUGUUCUACAGCCAGGAGAUGAGCUCCUGGAAGUAAACGGCCGUCAACUUCUAGGAUUGAACCACACCCAGGUGGUUUCCAUUUUGAAGGAACUACCGCAGGAAGUGACGUUGGUUUGUGCCCGUCCGACGGGCGCCGGACGCCUGAGGCUGUUCUCCAAUGUGCCUGAUGGGGUUUCAUCAUUAACCCCUCCAACUGUGUCCACAAAUUCUUCCUCUCAACCUCCUUCACCCGGACUUUCUUAUGGUGAUAGAUCAGGUCUUGUGAAGGCCAAAAGUGAGGGUUCAAUUGCGUCGAGUGUGCUUGGAAUAGGCCCUGAAAGCGGGAUAGUGGAGGCAAAAAAUCUGGAGCUUCGAUCUCGGUCUUUGGAACCGUUAACGAGCGUUCCGCUGUGGAGUCCAGAUGUUCAAGUGAUCGAGUUGGUGAAAAGCGAACGUGGACUGGGAUUUUCCAUCCUCGACUAUCAAGAUCCAUUGAAUCCGAAUGAUACUGUAAUUCUCAUUCGAAGCCUUGUGCCUGGAGGAGUUGCUCAGACUGACGGACGUCUCAUUCCCGGUGAUCGGAAAUGGGAUCGGGAAUUGAAGAUAAACGAGCCUACCGUAUUUUUGUGCCGAAAUAUCCGUGACCUUUUGUCUUUUUCUCACGAAGAUAAAUUGUGGUGCGCGUUGAUAAUCCUGAAUAGCCUUAUUUGCGUUGGUGAUGAAAAAAAUUUCUUUGUUCAUUCCAACAGCCUUAUGUUCGUCAAUGAAGUAAACGUGGAGAGCGCGUCUUUGGAUGAGGCUGUUCAAGUGCUGAAGAGUGUCCCGAAGGGCAAAGUUUUCAUCGGCAUCGCAAAGCCUCUGGUUGCAGACGUUGGCGACCUUGGGGACAAGGUUGUUGUUCCUGCUCCGUCAAUGUACAGUGAUUUAGUUCCUGAAGCUCAAGGGAAGUCUGACGACUACAUGAAUGCCAGUGGACUCAUUCGUCAGGAUCCGGAUGGUGGCAUCUCCAACAUUAGUGUAAACGCAGCAGAUGAUUCAGUCACUGUCGCGAGUCAGUUGUGGGGUCCAGAGCGAGUUGUUCUUGUUCAUCGAGAACCUAAUCGAGGCCUUGGCAUAAGCAUCGUUGGGGGAAAAGUUGAUGUUGACACACCGUCUUCUUCAUCUGGCUCGAGUGAAACCACUGCUGCGGCCUCCUCUUUCAUUUGUGGGAUUUUCAUCAAAAACGUUUUGGCUGAUAGCCCCGCAGGUUGGUGCCUGGUUUUUGUUGUUGUUGUUUGUCAGUCAAAUCUCAUUUCUCGGUAUUUAGGUCGAACUGGAGAACUUCAUACUGGCGACCGAAUUUUGGAAGUGGAUGAAAUCGAUUUGCGAGACGCCAGUCAUGAUCAAGCGGUGGAAGUUAUUCGCAGUGCGGGAAACCCCGUGAGAUUCAAGGUACAGAGUCUUGUUCUUCGCAACGCGUUAGACUGCGACAAUGAAGCCGAAGAAGACGACAACGAUGCAGAAGACGAGGAAAAUAACAAUCGAAGAAAAGAUGGGCAGCUGGACUCGACUUGGAAUUCGGAAGAAGAGUCCCUGGCUGUUUCUCAUGCAAGAUAUCUUGAUCUCGACGGAGAAAUCAUGAUGAUCGAGCUGUCUGAAGGAGCGUCUUUCGGCGUCGCGAGUGGGAAGCAAGAAGGAUUUUUCGUCUCUACUCUGAGUGCCGAGUGCAACGCCGCAGGACUCGAAAUGGGAGAUGAAAUAUUGGAAGUCAACGGGCAGUUGAUGCGUGGACAAUCGGAGGACGUUGUUACAAUGGCCAUCAUGCGAGCGUCAACGAGGGCCAUGAAAGUUGUCGUUCUUCGUCGAGGAGCCGCAUCCAUUUCACCUGCAAUCAUGUCUUCUUCUGGUGCCACAACGAGCUCAUGCUAUUCUACGGAAUCUUCGUCUACUCCCGGCGCUGGUCGAGACAUGACUUUGGUGAUCAAAAAGGACUCGGCUGCCCAAGGCUUGGGAAUUAUGAUCGUCCAGAGAACGCAUCCCGAUCUGGGACCCGGGAUAUUCGUGUCGGAUAUUCAGAGUCCGAGUCCUGCUCAGAAGGCCGGUCUGGACAUCGGGUACAUGAUUUUGUCUGUGAAUGGAGAAUCUCUUCUUGGUGCUGGGUAUGAAGAAGCAGCAGCUGCACUCAAAAGAGCUGGCACAGUUGUGACUCUCUCUGUGAUUCCUGAAAUGCGUAAGAAAUCGAGCGAAACGGAAAGCAAGAUUGGCCUCGGACCCGUUUCCCCGUCAUCAGAAAAACCUAAAGUUCCUCCGAAGCCUGCCAGCCUUUCGACAAGACCGAACGUGCCCCCGAAAUCCGCUGCGACCGCACCAAUAAAAGAGCCCGAGGAGCCAACAGACCGACGAUUCUCUCUUGUGUGUCCCAUAGAACCUGGUCGGGAAACGACGAUUGAAAUCAACAAGGACAAAAUGGGGCUCGGCUUGAGCAUCGUCGGUGGCAAAGACACGCUUUUGGGAUCCAUUAUCAUUCACGAAGUGUAUCCCGACGGCGCAGCUGCGAAAGACGGUCGACUCCGACCGGGUGACCAAAUUCUGCAAGUGAACAGCGAGGAUUUCAGGGACGCCACUCACGCCAAGGCUCUGGCGACCCUGCGUCAAACUUCUGCCUGCGUUCGACUAACGGUAUUCCGCGAAGAAGGUCUCACUGGUGCCGAAGACGACAUGCUUCAUGUUUUCGACGUGGACAUCGUGAAGAAACCGGAUCGCGGACUCGGAUUGAGCAUCGUGGGACGGAAAAACGGGCCCGGGGUCUUCAUAUCGGAAGUGGUGGACGGCGGAGUUGCCGCCACGGACGGUCGUUUGAUGCAAGGCGAUCAAAUCCUGGCCGUGAAUGACCAAGACCUGAAGACAGCGUCUCAGGAACAAGUGGCUGCUUUGUUGAAGAACUCGCUUGGGCAUAUUCGAUUGCGAUUGGGGCGACUAAAGCCGGCAGCAGCUGCCGCUGCGGCUGCUGCAGCCGCGGCAGCAGCAUUUGCUGCCAACUCUUCCGCCACGACUCCUCCUGCUCCGUCUGCUGCUGCAUCGAUACCAAACAACAUGUCGUCCUCGUCAUCUUCUCUUUCUUCUUCAUCCUCGCUGGUGUCUUCGAGUAAAGCGGCGAUGGUGUCACCUCCGCAACCGAGGAUUGUUUCCUUAGUCCGGGGUCCUGAUGGCCUUGGAUUCUCCAUCGUCGGGGGACACGGAAGUGCUCACGGAGACUUGCCGAUUUACGUGAAAACUGUUUUCGAUAAAGGUGCUGCUGCUCUGCAAGGUGGGCUGAAGAGAGGCGAUCAGAUUUUGGCAGUCAAUGGACAUACUCUCGAGGGGCUGACGCAUCACGAAGCCGUGGAGAUAAUCAAGAACGCCGAAGGGAACGUGACUUUGACGCUCUUGUCGUGAAAUCUUUCUUCCGCUCAACAGGGAUUGCCUUCGUUUUCACUAGUCUUGGACUGUCACAUUAUAUAUCUUCUCGUAUGUUGGGACCAUGUUCGAUAAUUUAUGCAAUUAAGAUUCCAAUAAUGUCGCAUUCUUCACGUGUGGAUGGGUGUUCUUUCGUGGCAGACAAAAGUUGCCUUAUUCUCCCGGGAUUUGAAAAACUUUUCAUCACGUUUUACGAAGAAUUACAAUUUUAAAAUUGUAUAACUCCAUUCAUUGCUAGCAAAUUUGUUGACAGUAAACAUUUCUUUCUUGUUUUUCUAUUCUAAGAAACUUUGAUUUGUCCUGACUGGAACGCUUCAUUAGCGCACCAAAUUUGAGGAGGAGCUCUUUGAUAUGAGCUACCUUAUGACUAUUCUUACCGUUUUCGACUUUACGCGCAUUUGUAUGAACUUGUCUGAGUCUCUGUUAGAGAUUCCGUUUUUUGAAAGGCGUAUGUUGAAUUUACUUGACAUUCGUUUGUUUUGUUUUUUUUUUCGAACGGAAAGAGGAUGAAUCCUUGAUCUGAAGCAAACUUUCCUGAGGUUCGCUUUGACGAAACACAGUUUCUGUGGUGCCUCGGUUCAAGCCAGUUGUUAUCAGCAACGAAAUAACAUUUUUGCUCGUAUUAUCAGUGCGAGUUUUUACUAUUUUUUUUCUCUCUUUUCUUUUCCUUUUUUAUUGGGAGGAUUCCACCGAAGUAUUUAUCCAUUCCCGAGGGUCUCACGUUGCUUGAAUGAGAAUCAAAGUUGUAUUUUUUAUCAUUCGCUCAAUCGAAGCCCAUUUCCCUCUUUUCAAAGCGUGUGAAAGGUUUCCGAAGGAUUCGAAUUGUUUUCCGUGACGGAAUUCAGUGUUCGGCUCAUCCACUGUGGUGCAAUUGUUUCAUCGAUUUUGAGCUCCAAUAUGGACUUUUCCCCUUUUUUUGUGUAGGUCUUGGGUCCAAGAUGCUUGAAAAAUAUCUCGAUUGAGUUUUUGAUUGAAUGAGGAGCUGCCUUGAUGGACCACUUGUUGACGAUUCGUUUCCGUUAUCAGCAUUAUGAUGUACAUUGCGGAACACUGAUGGGAGAUCAUGAUAUUUUAUUGAUUUGUACGUUAUGGAAUUGUACUGAUUCAACGAAAAAUAUUGAACACAAUCACCUUCGAUUUAAAA